AAGUGUGAGAUAUGGUGAAAUGGAGGCUUUUCUUAAUGCUGAUGAUGAGUAUUAGAUUACAUAACUUUACAUUUUAAAUGUGACCUGAACAUGUAAAUGACUUGUUUUUUGUUUUGUUUAAAAUCAGGUGACUCUUUUUAUAAUACUGUAUUUCAUCCAGUAUUAAUUGGUUUCUUUGAGACAGAGAUCUCUAAAUGUGGGAUUUCAGUAGUACUACAUCUAAGAAGAUGGUCUCUAACCUGUCAUAUCAGGUCAGGUGUGCUACUCGUGAAGCCCUCUAGUGGCCAUUAGUUGCCAUGCUGCAAAGAUGGGCUUCUAAAAAUGGGCCCAGGGUUAAGGCGUGUCAUGGGAUUAGGCUCUUAGCACCUGUCUUAGCUCUACUCAAUCUGAAAUAAACACCCUUAGACGGACUCCUCCGUAGCUCUCUUCACUAGUACGCUGUCUGCUGUAAAUGCUUUGCUUUAUUAGGAUGAAGAAUGCUAUGGAAAUACAGUUUUCAUCAUUUCUUCUGCUAGCGCAUUUCUGCUUUGCACAGAUUGACUACGCACCCUAUUUCUAUGAUAAUGGGCCCAACAGUAACAACGGUAAUAUGGCAAUGUUCAAUCUCCCAGAGGAUACGCCAAAAGGAACACAUAUAUACGUUCUUAAUGGAACUGACCCCGAAGACCAGCCAGUAAAGUAUGGAAUGACCUUUGAACCCGGACACAAAGAAUAUUUUCGUGUUCAUCCCAAAUCUGGAGCAGUAACUCUAAUAGAGGAACUCGACAGAGAGGAACAAGAUGAAAUUGAAGUCUUUGUCAGUAUCUCAGAUGGCCUUAAUAAAGUAGUUGAAAAGGUUUCGGUUAUUGUCAUGGAUGCCAAUGAUGAGAGACCACAGUUUCAGAACAUGCCUUCCAUCGUAGAUGUGCCAGAGAACACUACAUCUGGGAGCAGCAUCUACAAAGUGCAGGCAGUGGACAGAGAUGCCGGAUCAGGGGGAUCAGUCACUUACUUCCUCCAGAGCAGUGAACCGAGCACAAAGUUUGCCAUCGACCACCAUAGUGGCGUGCUGAGGAUAAAACCAGGCGAAGCCCUCGAUUAUGAGAAAUCCCGCACACAUUUCAUCACUGUGGUGGCAAAGGAUGGAGGUGGCACUUACAAGGGCAAGCAACAAGUGAUGUCAUCAUCAGCCACUUUGACGAUAAAUGUGAUUGACAUUCAAGACACUCCUCCUGUGUUUGUUGGAACUCCUUACUUUGGUUAUGUCUAUGAGGUCUCUUCGCCUGGAUCUGAGAUAUUUACAGUUUUUGCCAAAGAUGGAGACAUGGAUAAUCCAAAUCCAAUCAUGUAUUCAAUAGACUCUGGAGCAGAUGGGGUUUUUGCCAUCAAUAAAACCAGUGGAUGUAUCACUCUGAAGGUGUAUCCAGCAGACCUGAGGAGAGAAGUCUUUAAUAUUAAAGUCAAGGCUUCAGAGGUUAGUCCAGAAGGAAAACGCCUGGACUUUGCAGUCACCACAGUGACUAUUAAGGUCGUAGAUCUGAACAACCAUCCACCCACAUUCUUUGGAGAGAAUGGACCACAGAACGUGUUCGAGUUAACUAUGUAUGAGCAUCCUCCAGAGGGAGAGUUCCUGAGGGGCUUGAAAAUCACAGUCAAUGACUCUGACCAGGGAUCAAAUGCAAAAUUCCACCUCAGAUUGGUGGGCCCAGGCCGCAUGUUACGAGUGGUCCCUCAAACCGUUCUGAAUGAAGCCCAAGUCACCGUCCUUGUGGAGGAUUCUGCUGCAAUGGAUUUUGAGAAAUCACAAUUCCUGACAUUUAAGCUCCUCGCUGUAGAGAUUGACACACCUGAGAGAUUCAGUGCUACGGCAGACAUAAUCAUUCAUCUGCUAGACACCAAUGAUAACGCUCCAAAAUUCUCCUCUGAUUUUUACAUCGCCCGGAUUCCAGAAAAUUCACCCGGAGGAUCCACUGUUGUGUCUGUGACCGCCACAGAUCCUGAUUCUGGUCUUUGGGGUGUGGUCAAAUACUCCAUCUAUGGCUCAGGAGCGGACCUGUUUUUCAUUCAGGCUGAUUCUGGAAUCAUCUACACACAGCCCUGGGCCAGUCUAGAUGCCGAGGUUAAAUCCAAGUAUAACUUCUAUGUGAAGGCCGAAGACACUGAAGGAAAAUACAGCCUUGCAGAAGUCUUCGUCUCCAUUAUGGACCUCAAUGACCAUUCACCAGCGUUUAAUGAAAACUCUCUAGAGAAAACAAUGGUGAUUGGUGCACCAGUGAAAAUAGAGGCGAUUGAUGAAGAUGCAGAAGAGCCCAACAAUGUCAUUGAAUACUCCAUUAUGAAAGCCGACCCAGACAACAUAUUUGACAUUGAUGCAGACACAGGAGAAAUAAAGCUGAAGCCUUACAUCAAGUCCAUGGACAUAGUCCAGAAUAUCACCAAUCAGAAAGACUGUACCUGGUCUGUGGUUGUUCAGGCCAAAGACAGAGGCUCACCAUCCUUCAGCACCACCACAGUGAUAAAGAUUGACAUCACAGAAGCGACUCAACUCAAGGGACCUUUGACGUCCUUUUUAAUGAAAAGUAGGGAAAAUCCCAUGCAUAUCCUAGGCUUGAUCUGUGGUGUCAUUAUGAUCAUGGUUUUUGUGACAGUCUUGAUCUCUACUAUUAUAUACGUGAGAAACGUCAAGUCCAACAAGAUCCUACCCUCCCGUCGCAUCAUACGCAGGAAGCGUAAACCCCGGAGACAAGACGAAUUCCAGCAACCGUUCAGAGAUGAACGGGAGAUCCCUACAACAGACAAUGUCAACUGUAACAAUAACGUCAAAGUGUAUUCUCAUCAUCGAGCACCUCCGUCGCCUCCAAAUGCCCCCAUAAUGCCCCCGCCGUUGCCAAGUCAUUAUAGACGCGCUGACCGCGAGUGGACGGUACCUACGGUUUCCGCCUCGGUGGCCUCCAAGACAAAGAGAAGAUCUCAAAGGGGUAAAGACAAUCCUGUCAACACAGCACUGGUUUCUGAGCUCAAACUUAGACUGGAGCAGAAAAACAUGGCCAACCGAUACUGAUUAUAGUGAAAUGUAGAAAUACCAGUUUUCAAUGGAGAGAAGACAUGUCCCUCUGCUUAAUCUCUGUCGUGAAGAUUUCAGGCAAGAUUUGAGCAAGGACAAGAUCUCAGCAGGACAACUCUGCUACUUACCGUAUGCAUGCAGAGUUCAGCUGGGAUUGCAGGUUGAAUCUAGUGGAGAUGGGGGAAAGUGUCAAUUGCUAAGACUAACUAAUACCCUGCUAAUCAGCAUGCUAAGACAAUGCGUACUGCCCUCUUCUGGAUGGAAAAUAAUUGGUUCACAUUUACUCUAUAGUUCUCUGACAUUUCUCCAUAGUUCUCUGACAUUUCUCCAUCUGUGGAUACUUUUCAUCAAGAAAUUAAACAAAAGUCUUUUUUAACUGUGGAUAAAUGAAAUAUGCCUCUGAAGUGAAUUUUAUUUUUUCAAAAUCAUCAACUUUUUACUCACUAUAUGGUUUUUAAAAGGGAACAAUAGUUUGUUUUUUUUCCCCCAAAACUGAGUCUCAUACAAUGUCUUUGGACCUUGACUGAACAAUAACAAUACCAAAUUCUAAACAUUAAUUUGCUGGUUUAUUUGGUAAAUGAUUCUGAUAGACACCUGAAAACCACAAACAGAUCCAAUAUUAUACAAUUGAGUAGGCUAAAUUUAGUUUCCUAUCCUUCAGUGAGGAAAACCAUACAGUUACAUUAUCAUGUUGUGCUUUUUUUUUCUUCCAAUUUAAUGUAUAUUGUCAUUUUUCAUGCAGUUCAGUAUUAAAUGUAGAAUAAUUGAUGUGAUCUCUGUUUAUAUUCAACCUUUUGUAAAUAAAUGGACAUUUCAUUAAAA